UGAAUGUCUGAGGUGUUAUUUGUGGACUUGUUGUAGACUAACCCAUGUGAAUUGAAAUUGUGGGCGUUAUCGAGACGAACUUUUGAGGUCAUUGGUACUUCCGUUUCCAGAAGGCUAAUGUGCUAGCUAUUUAUUUUUAUAAAAGAUAACACGCCAGUCCAGACAGUAGUGUCAACAGAGCUUUCUGCCGCAAAAAAAACCCACGUUCAGGUGUUAGAUUGGCUGUCAUAAUCACCAGACAGAUCGCUCGUGGCUCAAGUUUUAUGAUGUCCAUAAGUGACGCGCAUAAGACGACGCCAGAUCUAAAAUUAUAUAUAACUUACAGGACUUGCCAAAGAUUUGACCGAUGGCUGGGACAAAAUUCCUUUGUUACGUUUUUUCCUCUACGAACAUCGCGGUCAGACAUUGUACUUUUUAACUGACUAUAAUAUACUGGUAUGUCAGUUUACAGUACAGGACAAUCUGAUAACAACAUAUUUUGUUAUUUUAACCAUUGAAAAAGUUUGGAAGGAAAGGUGGCAGCUUGGGAAGCAUAAUAUGUUAUGGUUGGCGAAUUGGCCGUGACAGAGUUCGGUUAAAUCUAGGGCUACGAUCGCGACCAUGCUACGAUCGCGACUAUUAGUCCCAUAACAGUAGUAGCGCUCGGCGAUAAGAACGAUCAGGUCAGGCUAUUUAUUGACAUCCUGAAGUCACAUUUAUAUGAUACGGCACACGUCAUUCAGGUAUAAGCCCCGGGGAAUGACCUAUCGGUAGUCGUCAACAUAUUGCCAACAUGACAUCUAAAGGUUUAUUACAACGACUGAAUGAUGGUGAGACUAUCAUUAUCGCGGAAGGAUAUAUGUGGGAGCUGGAAAGAAAAGGCUAUGUCAAGUUCGGGGAAUUCACACCGGAAGUAGUACUGAACAAUCCGGAAGUAGUUCGAAUGAUGCACGAAGAAUAUGCCCAUGCAGGGAGUGACGUUGUCGAAGCGUUUACCUACUUAGGAAACAGGAAGCGACUGAGGGCUAUUGGUAUUGAGGAAGGACUGGAGGAACUCAAUAGGCGGGCCCUCAGAAUGGCCCGCAAAGCUGCGGACGCCACAGGGUCCCUUAUGGCUGGGGAUAUCUCACAUACAUGGUAUUACCAGCCGGAUGAUCCAAAAGCAAUGGAGGAGCUACGAGCCAUGUUUAAGGAACAAAUAGAAUGGGCGGUUGAUGAAAAGGCUGACUAUAUCAUCGGGGAAACUUUCCAAGACUUUGGAGAAGCUAUGAUCGCUUUGGAAAUGAUUAAGAAAUAUGGGAACGGGCUACCGGCCGUUAUAACAUUGACUGCAUACCAACCGGAUGUGACGCUAGACGAUGUACCUAUCCCAGAGGCAUGCAAACGACUCGAGGACGCUGGGGCUGACGUGGUUGGUCUGAAUUGUGCACGUGGGCCACAGUCUAUGAUUCCUUUACUGAAAGAGAUAAGGAAAGUCUGUAAGGGUCCCCUGGCGGCAAUCCCGGUGCCAUUCCGCUGUAGAGGAAAGUUUAAAACCUUCCAGUCUCUGUUGGACCCUGAUACAGGGGACCGUCUAUAUCCAGACAACCUGUCGGCCCAGCUUUGUACUCGCCGGGAGGUCCGCGAAUUCGCGCAGGAGGCCAAGGCUCUGGGUGUGCAGUACAUAGGGCUGUGCUGUGGUAAUUCGCCUGCAUUCCUCCGCGAGGUGACAGAUGUGUUUGGCAGAACAACAGGCGCUAGUAAAUAUAGUCCCGACUUCACCAACAGCUUAUCAAGGUCCACAGAUCCGAAGAACAAGAAAAUACAAUCGUACAUGUUCGAUGUGGUGGACUAACACCUGUAAUAAAAUAGCACUCAUUCAAGGAACAGUAACUGUAUUAAAACAAUCGUAGUCUUCUGGUUAUAAAUAAUAUUGAAAAUGUGUAUGCAAGGUAGUUAGUAAGAAUCGACAGUUUAUAUAUAACUUUCAUAUAUAUUUUAUAUAAUAUGUAUACAAGUUAGUUAGUAAGGAUCGACAAUUUAUGUAUAACUUUCAUGUAUAUAUUAUAAUGUGUAUACAAGGUAGUUAGUAAGGAUCGACAAUUUUUAUUUACCUUUCAUAUAUAUGUUAUAUAAUGUGUAUACAAGGUAGUUAGUAAGGAUCGACAAUUUAUAUAUAACUUUCAUAUAUAUAUUAUAAUGUGCAACAAGGUAGUUAGUAAGGAUCGACAAUUUAUAUAUAACUUUCAUAUAUAUAUUAUAUAAUGUGUAUACAAGGUAGUUAGUAAGGAUCGACAAUUUUUAUAUGCCUUUCACAUAUAUAUUAUAUAAUGUGUAUGCAAGGUAGUUAGUAAGGAUCGACAAUUUAUAUAUAACUUUCAUAUAUAUAUUAUAUAAUAUGUAAACAAGUUAGUUAGUAAGGAUCGACAAUUUAUAUAUAACUUUCAUAUAUAUAUUAUAUAAUGUGUAUCACUGAUAUCAGGCAGUUAUAGCAAACAGUGUUCGAUACUUGUCGCAAUAA